GGCCAAUCAAUUUAUCAUGUGUAUGGGACUACAGAAGAAAUACAAUAAUUUAUGAUUCAUGAUAGAAGUUGCAUACACAAACCACUUACUCUAGGCUCUAGGUAGUUUGUGAUAAGAUAAGGCGAUAACAAGUGUGCAAUCCAAAAGAUUUAAAAUUUUGUUCUAUUACCUCAUAACUAAACUUCACAAGAAGAACAGUGUCCCAAAUUAUUCAUGUUCCAUCCUCAUCUAUGACUUGUGCUGUAUUGUUCUGGAACUAACAAUCUUUUAAUACUAACAAAAUUCAGAGAAACGAGAAGAGACAGAAAGGCAGAGAGAAGAAAUAACACAAGUUCAGGCUGAAUAAUAUGAAUUGUAGUAAGAUUAUUGAGCAGAUUAGGCGCUAAUCUCCAAAAAUGAGUUAUUCAAAUGUGUCUAAAGGGAGGAAAUGGCAAAAUAUGAGAGAAAACAAAUAAUGUUAAAAAAUUGCAUAGGAGUAAUCACUAUUAUUAUUUUAUUCAUUGCUGUGUAUUUUCCAUCUAGACAUGCUAGGCGUUAUGACUAUAUUGUCCUAAAAAACAUUUUGAACGAACUGGAUUUUCGAAAAGCUGAAAACGUAGAUUUCAAACUUCAAAACUGCUCCUACAGAGAUAUGAUAAUGAAAAAUGAAGAUGUAAUCGCACUGCCAGAACAAAUUCGAUUUCGAAAACCUCUACCAGGUGGUGAAUAUAAACCAAUCGAUUGUGCACCACUUGUCAAAUCAGCACUUAUUAUUCCUUACAGACAACGGCAAAAACAGCUGGAAUUUUUUUUGAAGUACAUGCACUCAUUUUUACAAAAUCAAAGUAUACAUUACCGAAUUUUCAUUGUUGAACAAAAUGACACCCUGGCAUUCAAUAGAGCAAAAAUGAUUAAUUACGGAGCUAAGGUAGCUAUGAAAUUCCAGUAUCACUGCCUCAUACUCCAUGAUGUAGAUCUUAUUCCAAUGAAUACUGCAAAUAUAUAUGGAUGCACCAAAUCGCCUAGGCAUAUGUCAAGUAGCUUGGAUACAUUCAGAUAUAACCUUCCAUACUUGACUCUCUUCGGUGGAGCAGUUGCAAUUUCAUCUGAACAAUUUCAGAAAGUCAAUGGCAUGUCCAAUAGAUUUUAUGGAUGGGGAGGAGAAGAUGAUGAUUUUUACAGGCGUUUGGUAAAUAGUAAUUUGGAUCCAUGUAGAUUCUCACCCCAAGUUAGCAAAUAUGUAAUGCUGCCUCAUAAAAAGGAGAAG